CGCUCGGCGUUCUAAUCUUGAAUAAAGACUAGUAGUCGCGCAGCUAAUAUAAAUUAACUAUUUCAUGACUAAACAGGCAAGCAUAAGCGGCUGCUGGGACAUGUAAGCGCCUCUCAUGUGUCUAACGCUUGCAAUUUAAUUACCCCCCGGCUAUCGGACUACUUAGUCUUUUGUCUAUAACACUCCAUAGAUUAUUCCUUCCGUACAAGGAAGCGAAGCUGUGGGAAGUGACAUCAGUACGGCAGUCGGUGAGGGGCGGGGACACAGGGGUUGCUGAUGGAAUUGCAGUCCUCCUGGGGAGAGGAGGGAUUGGAAGAAGAUGAUGAAGAGCUGGAAGAUCAUGAUGUGGAGAGCUCAGGAAGAGUAGUUACACCAGGGAGAGCAGGCAGCUUUCUGACCAAGAGGGGUAUCACUCUAAGAGUCCUAAUGAAAGAUGGAUUGAUAGAGGCUGGACAGGGGGUUCUGUCUAUACAUUACCUGGGUAGAAAAUUCCAGGGUGACUUACUGGUGGAUGGAAAAAUCAGAUGGCAAGAGAAUGGGCAGGCUUUCAACUCUCCUAGUGCAUGGGCCACCCACUGCAAAAAACUUGUCAACCCUGCCAAAAAGUCUGGUUGUGGAUGGGCAUCUGUUCGGUACAAGGGCCAGAAACUUGACCAGUACAAGACUGCAUGGCUUAGGCAGAAUCAGUCCCAUGGGCCAGCUGGUGAAGGGAGUCCACCUAGUGAGGGCGAGGAGGAUGAUCUAAUUGAUGAAGAGGAAGAGGAAGAAUCUCAAGACUGGAAGACUAGUAGUAUGGAACCAGUUGGAGGCAAAAAACAGCAAAGCAAAAUUGCAUCUAGUAGAAGCAGCCUGGCUGAGAUCAGAGUUCCUGUGAAAUACUCUUCAUUAGGAUGUCGUGAUUCUGCAAGAGAUCCCCACACUUUGGUAGAAGUGACUUCUUUUGCAGCGAUCAAUAAGUUUCAGCCAUUUCACGUAUCCAUCUCCAGUAAUGCUUUGCUGCUUUUGGAUUUCCACAGCCAUCUGACGCGAAGUGAGGUGGUGGGAUAUCUAGGGGGAAGAUGGGACACCAGCAGCCAGUUGUUGACUGUGAUUCGAGCCUUCCCUUGUCGCUCUCGUCUGAAGGACACUGAGUCUGCUGCAGCCGUAGAGGAGGAGAUUUACCAGUGUCUAUUCCUACGUGGCCUCUCCUUGGUUGGCUGGUAUCAUAGUCAUCCCACAACUCCAGCUCAACCAUCCCUGCAGGACAUUGAUGUUCAAAUGGAUUAUCAGCUUAAAUUACAGGGCACCGAAAAUAGCUUCCAGCCUUGCUUGGGCCUUAUAUGUGGACCUUACUUACAGGGAAACCAAGGAAUCCAGUCCACCAUCUGUCCUUUUUGGGUGAUGCCACCAGCUGAGCACCGCCCAAAUGAUUAUGGAAUUCCCAUGGAGGUGGAAGUGACAUAUAUUCAGGAUAGCUUCCUUACCAAUGAGAUUGUUCAUGAGAUGUUUAUGCUGGUGGAUUUUUAUAAAGGAGCCCCAGACUUGAUUCCUUUCCAGGAAAGGUGGAACGAAGAAAUAACUUAUCUGGACAAAAUAAAGGGUUCACUGUCAAGUCGAACACCAAAGGACCAAGGCUUUAGCCAUCUUCUGGACCAAGUGUACUUACUUCUCAAACAACUUGGCUGAGAGCAAUUCCAAACUCCAAGACCCCCCCCCAAAAAAAAUAGCACGCUCUAUACUCUGAUCUCUAAUCAAGGGAUAGAAGAAUGUGUCUGAGAAACACUUUUUUUGUACGACUCUCCUGAUCCAUACCAGUUUACAAGGUAUAUCUAGUUCAUCAUAUUUGUUUGUAGUUGCCACAAAAU